CCACCUAUUCUUCCAGUAUAAAUAGAGUGAGAUGGACAGUUGUAUCUCAGAGUCUACUGCUGCUUGCUCAAGCUUUUAUUCUGCACAUACUCUGUAGGAGCCUAUAAACCCAAACCACAGCCAUGGAAGGAGCACCAAACCCCUCCAAGAAGCCUUCUGGCAGCCAACAGAGCUCGACCUCAGCUAUAUUAAGCCAAGGAAGCAGCCAAACCCCAACCAGUGGUCAACAGAGCCAGGGAAGUUGCCAAGGGCAAACUGGCAGCAGCUCCCAGUAUGGCAGUGGAAAACAAGAUCAAAGCAGUGGCCAGCAGGGUAGUGGAUAUCAACAAGGACAGGGUCAGAGUAGUGGUCAGCAGGGUGGUGGAUACCAACAAGGACAGGAUCAGAGCAGUGGUCAACAGGGUGGUGGAUACCAACAAGGACAGGAUCAGAGCAGUGGUCAGCAGGGUGGUGGAUACCAACAAGGACAGGAUCAGACUGGGGGAAGUCAGGGCAGUGGGCAACAAAGUUGUGGAACCCAGCAAGGAGGACAGAGUCAAGGACGUGGACAGGAUUCUUCUUAUAACUUUAGACAAGGAAAAGAUAAGCCAUAAACCUGUGGUUUGCACUCCAAUAUCUAUGUAUACCUGAUGAUAAAUACUGUCCCUUCAUGCUUACUAAAUUAAUCUAUAGCUAAAACAUAUAAAUAAAAUUCUAUGAUUUCAGCAAUU